AUCACAAGACACCGACAAACCGUUAAACGCAAACUGUCCAACAGAAUUCAUCAUGGGAAACUUCACUCCCCCCAAAAAUAUGUGUGUUUGUGUGUGUGUUUGUGCGUGCUUGUGUGUUUGUGUGUGUGUUUGUGUGUGUGUUUGUGCGUGCUUGUGUGUGUGUUUGUGCAUGCUUCUGUGUUUGUGUGUGUUUGUUUGUGCGUGCUUGUGUGAGUGUUUGUGCGUGCUUGUGUGAGUGUGUGUGUGUUUGUUUGUGCGUGCUUGUGUGAGUGUUUGUGCGUGCUUGUGUGUUUGUGUGUGCGUUUGUGCGUGCUUGUGUGAGUGUGUGUGUGUUUGUUUGUGCAUGCUUGUGUGUGUGUUUGUGCGUGCUUGUGUGUUUGUGUGUGUGUUUGUUUGUGCGUGCUUGUGUGUGUGUUUGUGCGUGCUUGUGUGUUUGUGUGUGUGAGUGUUUGUGCGUGCUUCUGUGUUUGUGUGUGUGUGUGUGUGUGUUUGUGCGUGCUUGUGUGUUUGUGUGUGCGUUUGUGCAUGCUUCUGUGUUUGUGUGUGUUUGUUUGUGCGUGCUUGUGUGUGUGUUUGUGCGUGCUUGUGUGUUUGUGUGUGUGUUUGUUUGUGCGUGCUUGUGUGAGUGUUUGUGCGUGCUUCUGUGUUUGUGUGUGUGUGUGUGUGUGUUUGUGCGUGCUUGUGUGUUUGUGUGUGCGUUUGUGCAUGCUUCUGUGUUUGUGUGUGUUUGUUUGUGCGUGCUUGUGUGUGUGUUUGUGCGUGCUUGUGUGUUUGUGUGUGUGUUUGUUUGUGCAUGCUUGUGUGAGUGUUUGUGCGUGCUUCUGUGUUUGUGUGUGUGUGUGUGUUUGUUUGUGCGUGCUUGUGUGUUUCUGUGUGUGUUUGUGUGUUUGUGCAUGCUUGUGUGUGUGUGUGUUUGUGCGUGCUUGUGUGUUUGUGUGUGUUUGUGCGUGCUUGUGUGUUUGUGCGUGUUUGUGUGUGUGUUUGUGCGUGCUUGUGUGUUUGUGCGUGUUUGUGUGUGUGUGUGUGUAUGUUUGUGUGUGUGUUUGUGAGUGCUUGUGUGUUUGUGUGUGUGUUUGUGCAUGCUUGUGUGUUUGUGUGUGUUUGUGUGUGUUUGUGCAUGCUUGUGUGUUUGUGCGUGUUUGUGUGUGUGUGUGUGUAUGUUUGUGUGUGUGUUUGUGCAUGCUUGUGUGUUUGUGUGUGUUUGUGUGUGUUUGUGCAUGCUUGUGUGUUUGUGCGUGUUUGUGUGUGUGUGUGUGUAUGUUUGUGUGUGUGUUUGUGCGUGCUUGUGUGAGUGUUUGUGCGUGCUUGUGUGAGUGUUUGUGCGUGCUUCUGUGUUUGUGUGUGUGUGUGUUUGUGCGUGCUUGUGUGUUUGUGUGUGCGUUUGUGCAUGCUUCUGUGUUUGUGUGUGUUUGUUUGUGCGUGCUUGUGUGUGUGUUUGUGCGUGCUUGUGUGUUUGUGUGUGUGUUUGUUUGUGCGUGCUUGUGUGAGUGUUUGUGCGUGCUUGUGUGUUUGUGUGUGCGUUUGUGCGUGCUUGUGUGAGUGUGUGUGUGUUUGUUUGUGCGUGCUUGUGUGUGUGUUUGUGCGUGCUUGUGUGUUUGUGUGUGUGUUUGUUUGUGCGUGCUUGUGUGUGUGUUUGUGCGUGCUUGUGUGUUUGUGUGUGUGAGUGUUUGUGCGUGCUUCUGUGUUUGUGUGUGUGUGUGUGUGUUUGUGCGUGCUUGUGUGUUUGUGUGUGCGUUUGUGCAUGCUUCUGUGUUUGUGUGUGUUUGUUUGUGCGUGCUUGUGUGUGUGUUUGUGCGUGCUUGUGUGUUUGUGUGUGUGUUUGUUUGUGCGUGCUUGUGUGAGUGUUUGUGCGUGCUUCUGUGUUUGUGUGUGUGUGUGUGUGUGUUUGUGCGUGCUUGUGUGUUUGUGUGUGCGUUUGUGCAUGCUUCUGUGUUUGUGUGUGUUUGUUUGUGCGUGCUUGUGUGUGUGUUUGUGCGUGCUUGUGUGUUUGUGUGUGUGUUUGUUUGUGCGUGCUUGUGUGAGUGUUUGUGCAUGCUUGUGUGAGUGUUUGUGCGUGCUUCUGUGUUUGUGUGUGUGUGUGUGUUUGUUUGUGCGUGCUUGUGUGUUUCUGUGUGUGUUUGUGUGUUUGAGUGUGUGUGUUUGUGCAUGCUUGUGUGUGUGUGUGUUUGUGCGUGCUUGUGUGUUUGUGUGUGUUUGUGCGUGCUUGUGUGUUUGUGCGUGUUUGUGUGUGUGUUUGUGCGUGCUUGUGUGUUUGUGCGUGUUUGUGUGUGUGUGUGUGUAUGUUUGUGUGUGUGUUUGUGAGUGCUUGUGUGUUUGUGUGUGUGUUUGUGCAUGCUUGUGUGUUUGUGUGUGUUUGUGUGUGUUUGUGCAUGCUUGUGUGUUUGUGCGUGUUUGUGUGUGUGUGUGUGUAUGUUUGUGUGUGUGUUUGUGCAUGCUUGUGUGUUUGUGUGUGUUUGUGUGUGUUUGUGCAUGCUUGUGUGUUUGUGCGUGUUUGUGUGUGUGUGUGUGUAUGUUUGUGUGUGUGUUUGUGCGUGCUUGUGUGAGUGUUUGUGCGUGCUUGUGUGAGUGUUUGUGCGUGCUUCUGUGUUUGUGUGUGUGUGUGUUUGUGCGUGCUUGUGUGUUUGUGCGUGCUUGUGUGAGUGUUUGUGCGUGCUUCUGUGUUUGUGUGUGUGUGUGUGUGUGUUUGUGCGUGCUUGUGUGUUUGUGUGUGCGUUUGUGCAUGCUUCUGUGUUUGUGUGUGUUUGUUUGUGCGUGCUUGUGUGUGUGUUUGUGCGUGCUUGUGUGUUUGUGUGUGUGUUUGUUUGUGCGUGCUUGUGUGAGUGUUUGUGCGUGCUUGUGUGAGUGUUUGUGCGUGCUUCUGUGUUUGUGUGUGUUUGUUUGUGCGUGCUUGUGUGUUUCUGUGUGUGUUUGUGUGUGUGUUUGUGUGUUUGAGUGUGUGUGUUUGUGCGUGCUUGUGUGUUUGUGUGUGUGUUUGUGUGUGUGUUUGUGCGUGCUUGUGUGUGUGUUUGUGCAUGCUUCUGUGUUUGUGUGUGUUUGUUUGUGCGUGCUUGUGUGAGUGUUUGUGCGUGCUUGUGUGAGUGUGUGUGUGUUUGUUUGUGCGUGCUUGUGUGAGUGUUUGUGCGUGCUUGUGUGUUUGUGUGUGCGUUUGUGCGUGCUUGUGUGAGUGUGUGUGUGUUUGUUUGUGCGUGCUUGUGUGUGUGUUUGUGCGUGCUUGUGUGUUUGUGUGUGUGUUUGUUUGUGCGUGCUUGUGUGAGUGUUUGUGCGUGCUUCUGUGUUUGUGUGUGUGUGUUUGUGCGUGCUUGUGUGUUUGUGUGUGCGUUUGUGCAUGCUUCUGUGUUUGUGUGUGUUUGUUUGUGCGUGCUUGUGUGUGUGUUUGUGCGUGCUUGUGUGUUUGUGUGUGUGUUUGUUUGUGCGUGCUUCUGUGAGUGUUUGUGCGUGCUUCUGUGUUUGUGUGUGUGUGUUUGUGCGUGCUUGUGUGUUUGUGUGUGCGUUUGUGCAUGCUUCUGUGUUUGUGUGUGUUUGUUUGUGCGUGCUUGUGUGUGUGUUUGUGCGUGCUUGUGUGUUUGUGUGUGUGUUUGUUUGUGCGUGCUUGUGUGAGUGUUUGUGCGUGCUUCUGUGUUUGUGUGUGUGUGUUUGUGCGUGCUUGUGUGUUUGUGUGUGCGUUUGUGCAUGCUUCUGUGUUUGUGUGUGUUUGUUUGUGCGUGCUUGUGUGUGUGUUUGUGCGUGCUUGUGUGUUUGUGUGUGUGUUUGUUUGUGCGUGCUUGUGUGAGUGUUUGUGCGUGCUUGUGUGAGUGUUUGUGCGUGCUUCUGUGUUUGUGUGUGUGUGUGUGUUUGUUUGUGCAUGCUUGUGUGUUUCUGUGUGUGUUUGUGUGUGUGUUUGUGUGUUUGAGUGUGUGUGUUUGUGCAUGCUUGUGUGUGUGUGUGUUUGUGCAUGCUUGUGUGUUUGUGUGUGUUUGUGCGUGCUUGUGUGUUUGUGCGUGUUUGUGUGUGUGUUUGUGCGUGCUUGUGUGUUUGUGCGUGUUUGUGUGUGUGUGUGUGUAUGUUUGUGUGUGUGUUUGUGAGUGCUUGUGUGUUUGUGUGUGUGUUUGUGCAUGCUUGUGUGUUUGUGUGUGUUUGUGUGUGUUUGUGCAUGCUUGUGUGUUUGUGCGUGUUUGUGUGUGUGUGUGUGUAUGUUUGUGUGUGUGUUUGUGAGUGCUUGUGUGUUUGUGUGUGUGUUUGUGCAUGCUUGUGUGUUUGUGCGUGUUUGUGUGUGUGUUUGUGCAUGCUUGCGUGUUUGUGUGUGUUUGUGUGUGUGUGUGUGUUUGUGCGUACUUGUGUGUUUGUGCGUGUUUGUGUGUGUGUGUUUGUGCGUGUGUUUGUGCGUGCUUGUGUAUUUGUGUGUUUGUAUGUGUGUUUGUGCGUGCUUGUGUAUUUGUGUGUUUGUAUGUGUGUUUGUGCGUGCUUGUGUGUUUGUGUGUGUUUGUGCGUGCUUGUGUGUUUGUGCAUGCUUGCGUGUUUGUGUGUGUGUGUGUUUGUGCGUGCUUGUGUGUUUGUGCGUGCUUGUGUGUGUGUUUGUGUGUGUGCGUGCUUGUGUGUUUGUGCGUGUUUGUGUGUGUGUUUGUGCGUGCUUAUGUGUCUGUGUGUUUGUAUGUGUGUUUGUAUGUGUGUUUGUGCAUGCUUGUGUGUUUGUGUGUGUUUGUGCGUGCUUGUGUGUUUGUGCAUGCUUGCGUGUUUGUGUGUGUGUGUGUUUGUGCGUGCUUGUGUGUUUGUGCGUGCUUGUGUGUGUGUUUGUGUGUGUGCGUGCUUGUGUGUUUGUGCGUGUUUGUGUGUGUGUUUGUGCGUGCUUAUGUAUUUGUGUGUUUGUGUGUGUGCGUGCUUGUGUAUUUGUGUGUUUGUAUGUGUGUUUGUGCGUGCUUGUGUGUUUGUGUGUGUGUUUGUGUGUGCUUGUGUGUGUGUUUGUGUGUGCUUGUGUGUGUGUUUGUGCGUGCUUGUGUGUGUGUUUGUAUGUGUGUUUGUGCGUGCUUGUGUGUUUGUGUGUGUGUUUGUGCGUGCUUGUGUGUGUGUUUGUGCGUGCUUGUGUGUUUGUGUGUGCUUGUGUGUGUGUUUGUGCGUGCUUGUGUGUGUGUUUGUGCGUGCUUGUGUGUUUGUGCGUGCUUGUGUGUGUGUUUGUAUGUGUGUUUGUGCGUGCUUGUGUGUUUGUGUGUGUGUUUGUGCGUGCUUGUGUGUGUGUUUGUGCGUGCUUGUGUGUUUGUGUGUGCUUGUGUGUGUGUUUGUGCGUGCUUGUGUGUGUGUUUGUGCGUGCUUGUGUGUUUGUGCGUGCUUGUGUGUGUGUUUGUAUGUGUGUUUGUGCGUGCUUGUGUGUUUGUGUGUGUGUUUGUGCGUGCUUGUGUGUGUGUUUGUAUGUGUGUUUGUGCGUGCUUGUGUGUUUGUGUGUGUGUUUGUGCGUGCUUGUGUGUGUGUUUGUAUGUGUGUUUGUGCGUGCUUGUGUGUUUGUGUGUGUGUUUGUGCGUGCUUGUGUGUUUGUGUGUGCUUGUGUGUUUGUAUGUGUGUUUGUGCGUGCUUGUGUGUUUGUGUGUGUGUUUGUGUGUGCUUGUGUGUGUGUUUGUGCGUGCUUGUGUGUUUGUGCGUGCUUGUGUGUGUGUUUGUGCGUGCUUGUGUGUGUGUUUGUGCGUGCUUGUGUGUUUGUGUGUGUGUUUGUGCGUGCUUGUGUGUGUGUUUGUAUGUGUGUUUGUGCGUGCUUGUGUGUUUGUGUGUGUGUUUGUGCGUGCUUGUGUGUUUGUGUGUGUGUUUGUGCGUGCUUGUGUGUGUGUUUGUAUGUGUGUUUGUGCGUGCUUGUGUGUUUGUGUGUGUGUGUUUGUGCGUGCUUGUGUGUUUGUGUGUGUGUUUGUGCGUGCUUGUGUGUGUGUUUGUAUGUGUGUUUGUGCGUGCUUGUGUGUUUGUGUGUGUGUUUGUGCGUGCUUGUGUGUUUGUGUGUGUGUUUGUGCGUGCUUGUGUGUGUGUUUGUAUGUGUGUUUGUGCGUGCUUGUGUGUUUGUGUGUGUGUUUGUGCGUGCUUGUGUGUUUGUGUGUGCUUGUGUGUUUGUAUGUGUGUUUGUGCGUGCUUGUGUGUUUGUGUGUGUGUUUGUGUGUGCUUGUGUGUGUGUUUGUGCGUGCUUGUGUGUUUGUGCGUGCUUGUGUGUGUGUUUGUGCGUGCUUGUGUGUGUGUUUGUGCGUGCUUGUGUGUUUGUGUGUGUGUUCUCAUGUUGUUCCAAACCCGUAUUAAUUUUAUAUGACUUUUGUGAGUGAACUAUCCCUUUAAUUUCAAAUGUUUCCGUUAUAGAAAAACACGGAUGUCGAUAAAAGUUACUCAAAAAC